AUGGACCUUACACUUCGAAACCCUGAACUCGACAAUGAAGAUGGCGCCUGCUGGACAUGUCUUAGCCACAAAAGGAAAUGCGACCGCAUGCUUCCCAAAUGCCGAGCUUGUCACGAACGAGGUGUAAAGUGUUCUGGCUAUGGAGUAAGAAUAUCGUGGCCCAAGGACAUCUGGGCGCCAAAACAACAAAGGCGACACAAGCAGCGAGCAUCCGGGUCGUUGGCACAAGGAUCGCUGCCUGCUGAUGCUGUCCGACUCGACAGACAUGCCUUACCUUCAUCAAUAUCAACCCUGACCCUACCAACGACAGAGAGCUUCUACAUGCAGCAUUUUCUUCGGAAUAUCGCCCGCAUCGCACUUGCGAUUGACCACGAUGAUAACGGAUACCGGUCACUGCUCCCUAUGGCACUCACUGAGCCAUGCGUCCUCAACGCGGCACUGGCUGUGGCUGCAUCGCAUCAUAGUCGGUGGCAGCGUAUACCAGAUACCAUGUCCCGUAAAUAUUUGCGAGCCGCUUGCAAGGCUGUCCGUGAUAGAUUCACCGACCCGCGUCUCAUAAAAAGCCCUGCUACAUUAGCUGCCAUGCUGCUCUUGGUUUCAUACGAGGUAUUUUCAGGAUCAAGCCGCUGGAAAGGCCACCACACUGCUAUUCGCGGAUGGAUUCAGGGCCGAAGAGACUGUUCCGAUAUCGAUUCCUUUCUCAAGAACUGGGUUUGUCUUAUUGAUACACAGAACGCCUUGAACCUCGGGACUUCAACCAUUCCUGAGCUAGAAGAAUGGAUGGGCGCCGCCUCCUCUGAUCGAGGCUACACAGUCGAUGCACUGUUUGGAUGUUCAGCGCGACUUCCAAGGCUUAUGGCUGCUGCCUCUCGCCUAUACGUUGCCUCCAAACAGGCAGAAAUCAGUGAGGAUUGGGUACGGAGCCAAGCAGAGACCCUCCAGACCCGGAUUCGAUCCACCCGACUACAAGACAAUUCCCAAAUCAUGAUCGGAUUGUCGUGCAAUGAUACCCCGCAAGAAUUCUCCGUUACCGUCGGGGUUGAUAGGGAGGAGCUCCGUCGGAGAGCGGGUGCUACGGCCGAGAUAUUUCGUCAUGCAGCACACAUCUAUGUCCAUCGCAUCGCACACGCCCCGAUGGAAGCCCUGACGCCAGAGACGCAAGAAUCGCUGGAAACAGCAUUGCAGCUUCUCACUCAGGUGCCAGAUGCUCUGGGACCGGGGGCAAAUUUGGGAUGGUGUCUGGUGGUCCUAGGGGCGGAACUAGACAUUGCGGAACAGCGUGAAUACAUCAAUUCAAGAUGGGACGGCUUACACCUCCUCGGAAUCGAUAACACCAGGAAUGGUCAAAAAAUUCUCGACGAGGUGUGGAAUCAUCGGGAUCUAGUACGUCGCGGAUUUGCCACCCCAGAGCGUUGGCAAGACACGAUGCAGCGAAUAGGGCAGUCACAGAUUCUAGUAUAG